AAACUUCUCUCUUCUUUUUUCAACUCGUAAAAAUUUUAAUAGAAGUCCUCUUUUUGUCAAUAAAACAUUUUAUCACAAUGACUCAUUACUAUGAACUUUAUCGCAGAAGCAGUAUUGGUGUGGCCUUGACAGAUUCUCUUGACGAGUUAAUUAAAAAUGCCCGAAUUUCUCCACAACUAGCGAUGAAGGUUCUUUUACAAUUUGAUAAAAGUAUAGCGGAAUCUCUUGAAAAUAAAGUCAAACAUAAGGCAACUUUUAAAGCUGGACAUCUUCAUACUUAUCGAUUUUGCGAUGAAGUAUGGACAUUCAUUAUUAAGAAUCCUAAUUUCAAAUUGGAACAUGAAUCGUUACCUGUUGACAAAAUCAAGAUUGUAGCAUGUAAUUCAAAGAAGCCUGGUGAAGCUGAAAACAAAAAUUAAAAAGAAAUCUAUUUUGUUUUCAAUUUAUUUUCCGCUGCCUUUUUUUUUUCUUAGAUAAUUUUUUUUUUUU